CAGUGAAACUACCCAUCUAGGCAAGUGCAAAAAACCUUUCAAAAGGCUUUUCUGGAUGUCGGAAGGGAAGGGAGUGAGGGAGAAGAGAUGAGAGGCUACUCGAGAGCGACGUAAAGAAUUUCCAGCCUUGGACGGACAGUUGGGAACGACUUCCAGGGGCUGGCGUUUACAGGCGAGGCGGGAAGCUCCGCAGACCUUGGAUUUUGGCGGGUGAAGAGGCCAAGUUGUUGCAGGAGGUGGGGCGCGUCUCAGUGGCUCUCUGAAAAAGCCCAGCAAGAUGUCAGACCUGCUCUCAGUCUUUCUCCACCUCCUCCUUCUAUGUAAGCUGGUUGCCCCGGUGACGUUCCGCCACCACCGCUAUGAUGAUCUUGUUCGGACACUGUACAAGGUGCAAAACGAAUGCCCCAGCGUCACGCGGGUCUACAGCAUUGGGCGCAGCGUGGAGGGGAGACACCUCUACGUGCUGGAGUUCAGCGACCACCCUGGAAUCCACGAGCCCUUGGAGCCGGAGGUCAAGUAUGUGGCAAACAUGCACGGCAACGAAGCGCUGGGCCGCGAGCUGAUGCUGCAGCUGUCGGAGUUCCUGUGCGAGGAGUUCCGGAACAGGAACCAGCGCAUCGUCCGGCUCAUCCAGGACACGCGCAUUCACAUCCUGCCGUCCAUGAACCCCGACGGCUAUGAGGUGGCUGCCGCUCAGGGUCCAAACAAGCUUGGGUAUCUAGUUGGCAGGAACAAUGCAAAUGGAGUGGAUCUGAACCGCAACUUCCCUGAUCUCAAUACCUAUAUCUACUACAAUGAAAAAUCCGGAGGCCCCAACCACCACCUGCCCCUUCCAGACAACUGGAAAAGUCAGGUAGGAGAUGAAAUUUGCAAACAAAGCAGCAUAGAUCCCUCCAUGAAGCACACACUCACUAAAUGUUUGAUGUUAGUGGUGAUUGUGCUGGCCAAGGUCUACUCCUAUGCACACGGAUGGAUGUACCAAGGUUGGAACUGCGGGGAUUACUUCCCAGAUGGCAUCGUCAAUGGAGCUUCCUGGUAUUCUCUCAGCAAGGGAAUGCAAGACUUUAAUUAUCUCCGUACCAACUGCUUUGACAUAACACUGGAACUGAGUUGCAACAAGUUUCCCCCCCAAGAGGAGUUACAGCGGGAGUGGCUGGGUAAUCGGGAAGCCCUAAUCCAGUUCCUGGAAGAGGUUCACCAGGGCAUCAAGGGAAUGGUGCUUGAUGAGAAUUAUAAUAACCUUGCUAAUGCUGUCAUUUCUGUCAGUGGGAUUAACCAUGAUGUCACUUCAGGUGACCAAGGUGAUUACUUCCGGCUGCUGCUUCCAGGUACCUACACUGUCACUGCCAAAGCACCUGGGUUUGACCCACAGACAGAGACUGUGACCGUGGGUCCUGCGGAACCAACAUUGGUUAACUUCUACCUCAAAAGAAGCAUCCCUCAAGUGAGCUCUGUGGGGAGAGCUCCCAGCAGAUCGCAUGGAGUUGGAGCCAAAGUGCAGCCCCAGGCAGCCAGAAAGAAAGAAAUGGAGAUGAGGCAGCUCCAGAGAGGCCCUGCCUGAGACCCAGAGUGCCAGGAAACCCUUCAGAAAGGCUUUGCUCCUGCUCUUAGGUCACAUGAAGCAUUCUUCCUAUUUUAUUAUCUGGGACAUAUUUAAAUACAAACAUAUUCAGAGCAAUUCA